CGCCCGCCGCCAUUUGCAGUGUUGAGCCCCCUCCCGUGAAGCGUGCCCGGCGCCGGAUUGCUUGCCGCGCCUAUUUUCUGUCCGCGUUCACUGUACGAGGAGGCCGCACGAGCGGCGAACUCGACGAAGCGCGAGGACUUGCGACCGACGUCCGUGGCGUUCCAACGGACGGCAUCCAAACGAGCCGGGAAGUUACGCCGGGCUGCGACUCUCCGGGAAGACUGAAGCCACCGCGCAGGAACCCAUAGAAAAUGAGAUUCUUCCUCUCACUGCUGGUGGCCGGAUGCGUCCUCCACGUCGGCUGGUGCCUGAUGGGCUCGACGGCAUUCAGCGAGGUGUUCAAGCCGCGCUGCUUCCCGCCUAUCAAAGACAACCGCCACCUGAGGAUGGGACAGCAGCUGCCCGCCGGUUUCACAAUGUCCAGCUUCCUGGACAAGCUGCAGAUACUCGAGCAGAGGUUGGCCGAGCGCAACAAUGGCAACGUGCUCACGGCUGUCGACAUGGCCGUCUACGUAUUGCGGACGUUCUUCCAUGACGACUACGAAUGGGAAAACCUAGGCAUCAAGGAUGUCGGCAACGCUGGCCACGCACGCAGCAUCCUGCACAACGUCAUGGAAGCCGUGAUGGCCAACCUGGGGCGGCCCAGCAUCAAACCCGAGGAACUUCUGGAAGACCAGCUCCACCGGGACGACGACCUCUGCUUUCUCAUGUUCAGCCUGGCGCACAACGUCAACAAGACGUUGGUGCGGCACGACCGUUUCGAGACGUACUCUGUCGAUGAUGACGACGACAUAACUAAGCUACCGCGUGAGGAAGGCGUGUUGAGCGUGACAGGCCGGAAGGACGGCAGCGUCGUGGCCCUGGGCAGGACACUGCUGGGCAUUGCAGCCGCGCACAAGGACCUGCAGGCCAAGACCAUUAAGGACUUGCUAAGGUCUUCGGAGAACGCGGAUGGCGUCAGCGACGGAACUCUCAGUCCGGUCUACGCUGCCACCCUUGGAUCACUACUGGCCAGCACCUCGCUUAUGUUGUCACCGGCACAGCUGAGGAAGUCGAUGGGACUGCAGGGCAAGUGGCUCGAGAAUGGCUGCUUCCUUGAGUACAAGCUGGAUGGAGACACAAACACAUCAUGCACGCUGGCCCAAAUCACUGGCGCCAUCGAUGGCCUCAUCUUGGGCAGGGCACUGAACGAGUUCCCAGAAAUGCGAACCUGGAAUCUGAGCACUGUGCUGCGCCUGUACUACGGGCCCAAGGGCAUAGCCACUGGAGCCUCGCAGAUCAUGACUCACUGCAAACGUCGCGAGCUCUUCAACAAAGUCAACAACCGUGAACUGCGGGAGCAGAUUGACAACUUUGCCAUAACACUGGCACACUCGGGUCUCAUCACGGGCAUCGAGAACAAGGAAUCAAAGGCCAAGGAGCGCGUGGCAGAUACCUGGAACAUAUUCCUGGGCAAGCUUGGGGAUGACAGGGAUUCCCAGCACAGUGAUGCAUGCCCAGCUAGUACAAACGAAAAUGAGCCCGAAUGUGAAACGCCUACGGAUUUGCUAGUUGUGCUGGACACUUCAACAGAUGUCAUCGACAACGAAGAAAAGAGGGAACUGCAAAGUGAAAUCCUUGCAAUGAUCACCAGGUCACUCAAGUUCCAGACAGGGAUCAGUACCGUGAGCCUCUUUGCCAGCAAGCGCCACAGUGAUGUGCUGCGUGACAUCAUCGAGGACAGCAGUGCUGGGGGAUGCCCUGGAUGUGCCGCCCUGUACUUGCGUGACCUUAGUGAUAUCAAUGCCGUUGGCGCAGACAGCGACCAGGAUGUGUUCAACAUGCUCAAUACUCUUGUCACCAAGCACAUUUCGCUCAUGGAUGAACGGCCCGGUGCUGCCAGCAGGGUGGUGCUGUACCUGAACCUGAGGAAGAAGGCAGCAGGUGGAUUACAUUCCAAUGGGCGCCAGGUCGAAGAGGCUCUCAACAAGUUCCGGGUGGCACAUCCAGACGUGCCAAUUUUCGCCAUUGGCCCCAAGGACGUUAUUGAUGCGCUGAACACUAGAUCUGGAGCCUUGACACUGGUGGACAUUACCAAUGUUCUUUCGGAUGAGAAUCCUGACAUGGAAAGACUGCGUACAGCCCCGGACCUGCUCAAUCUUCCAAAGAAAAUAUGCCGAGUGCCAGCCGCUCUGCGACACAAACACUGCCAGCCUCAGGGCUCUCGGUGGCAGUCCUCUGCACAGACCAAGUUCCAAGGUGCUGUGACCCCCGGAGCAGUACAGUACUGGUCCUACAGUACUGCCACGUUCUCGGCAAGCAAAAACCUUCAAAUCAAGUUCACUACUAAUGACCAGGGCAACCUCAAGGUCUGCGACGUCACUGGUCGUGUUAUCGGUGACAGCCUCGCAGGUUUGAGAUGCUACGAAACCAACGCACAGUUUAAGACAUUGUCGUUCAACUACACAAGGCCAUGCAAAAAAGGACCUCUGAGCUGCUCUCCAUUGACGUACGCUGUGAUCGGAAAGGAUGAGAAUGUUCCACAGAUCAACUUUGACGCAUCCACCUGCGAAGGUUUUUGCAGGAACCCCCAGCAAAUCAAAUUUGAAGUUGAACACGAGGGAAUGUACUGUGCUGGAGUUCUGUCGGCAAUUUUCUCGCCUUACGUGCUGCUUCUCACGGCCCUAACGUUGCUGCGACACUGGGCAAGUUAGCAACUUCCAUUCAAACCUCGUGCACUCUUGUUGAGAGCACAAAGAUGUGGCCAGGAGUGCACCGUCGCCAUCAUCGAACUGCCUGCCCUGUUUGAGCAGCGAAGUGUCAUCAUCCUCUAUGCUUUCAUGUGUGUGGCCUGCACACGCCUUGUACAGCUACAACAUGAAGGCAUAGAGAAUCCAAUCAAGGUUGUUUUUAGGCAGAGCACCAUCAUUGAAGACAAUUGCUCACUCUUUACCUUCGCACAUCACUCUAUUAAAUGUGCAUCCCAUCUGCACUGACAAUGAAUGCUAAAUAAAAAAAAAUUUUGUGAGAGAAGUGCUA